AUGCCAGGUCCUGAAGCGCGGUGCUUGGUGCCCAGCGAAGCAGAAGGGCUUUUGAAGUUGCUGGGAUCCAAUGUCUCGAAUCUGCCAGCAGAGUGUAAUGACCUGGAGUUUGUCAUCCCAGGAGAUCCUGAGGCGGUUUGGGCGAAACAGUUGUACAUGGCCUACUACGAGAAGCACAAUGCCGCGAUUGAGCGUUUGAUGCACAAGACCCAGGCGAAGUCCUCUGAGGCCUUUUACUUCUCGCUCUUCGCAGAUCAGUAUGAGGUGAUGUCCUCAGAGUUCUAUGUUUGGAGGAUCCGCUGUCCAGGCCUCUUGGGCCGCUUCCAAGAAACGGCAGAAAUGGGUUCUGGACCUUCCAAGCGCCUUCGAACGAUGUUGGCAUGGCACGGCGCCAGCGGAGAUUUGGAGCAGAAAGCCUUGCAAGCAGGAGAGCUGAGGCCGGCUGGCCAGAUGUUGCUGGGUGAUCAGCCAUGGCUUUUGGCCUCGCGACCAUUGCAAAGCUUCGGCAAAGGUCCCGAAUGGACUAUUUUCUACCUUUGUUUGGUGAAUCUCAAGGACUCUGAGAUGACACGCUCUAUCACGCGGGAACCUGGACGAGUUUUACCGCUCUAUUGCUUGGUGCAUCCCUCCAUUUGGCAUUCCUGGCCCUGUGGUGACUGGCCCUAG